ACGCACUCUCGCUCUCUCGGCAGUACCUUCACCUGCCUGGCCACACCCUCUGAGCGGAUGAUAUUUUGCAAAGCCAUAUCCAGAGAACCCUCUCAAAUCCUCCAAAACCCAAAUCCCAAUUCUCUCCUCAUUGCCUCUGCUUCUGCUUCAACCCUCAGUCUUGCCGAAAUGCGAGCUUACUCUGGUAUCAGAUCAUCGGAGCUCCCCUCUCUCUCAAGAGGACCCUUUUCCAUACCAAGGAAUCGAGCUUAUUUUCCCGGAAAAGUGUCCUUUUGCCAAGCCAAAUUUGCUGAGUCUGGGGUAGAUGGGUCGUCAAUCAGCUUAAGAGUGGUGCCUCCAAGCCUGUUAGCAGCAGAAAAAGAAGAAGCCAAGGCUGUGUUGAGCCUGUUCUUGAAAAAACAAGGCUUGAGCAAUGCAGUUGCUGCUAGAACCAUCAACAAGUCUGAACUUUUCAUCGACCACCUUGUCUCCCGGCUUCAUUCUGUUCAUAAAUCUCGAUACCUAGUAGGACGAGAGCUUACAACACUUGAGAUCAGGGAUGCUCUAAUUCCAUACCUUGAGACCCUUUUUGAGGAGCAUGGAGAUAUUUUGGUGGAUGCUGUAGAAAACUUCCCAAAUCAACCUGAUAAAGAGAUACCAGUAGCGCCAGUUUCUUCUUCUUCGUUGUCGUCCUCAUCCUCUUCUUCUCCGUUGUCUUCAUCGUCCUCUUCUUCAUCCAAUCCAAAACUAGACUCCAAGAAGAUAAAAGCCAUGGCUCGAGUGAGUGAAGUAGGCCCUUCAGGAGAGCUCCCACCAAACAUUCUCUACCUCUUAGAGCUUGGAUUGGAACUGGAUCAGAUUAAGGCAAUGACCCGCAGGUUCCCGGCUUUUCCCUACUACAGCCUAGAAGGUAAAAUCAUGCCAGUGGUUCAGUUUCUCCUGGAUCUUGGGGUACCAAAAUCAGGCAUUCCCAUGAUCCUCUACAAAAGGCCUCAAUUGUGUGGGGUCAGUUUAUCUGAAAACAUAAUACCCACCAUGGCAUUUUUAGAGAACUUGGGUGUGGACAAGAAACAGUGGGCAAAAGUGAUACAUCGGUUUCCAGGAUUUCUUACUUACAGCAGGCAGAAGGUGAAGGCAACUGUAGAUUUCCUCGAGGAAAUGGGUCUCUCGGCAGAGAGCAUAGGCAAGGUUUUAACACGGUGCCCAAACAUUAUAAGUUACAGUGUGGAGGAUAAACUACGGCCCACGGCUGAGUACUUCCGUUCAUUAGGGGUUGAUGUUGCCAUUCUUCUCCACCGUUCUCCACCAACUUUUGGUCUAAGUAUUGAGGCCAAUUUAAAGCCCAUUACAGAAUUUUUCUUGGAAAAGGGAUUCAGUAUUGAGGAAGUUAGUACCAUGAUUUCAAGAUAUGGACCCCUUUAUACUUUCAGCUUGACAGAUAGCUUGGAACCGAAGUGGGAGUUCUUUUUGACCAUGGAUUAUCCAAGAACAGAGCUAGUUAAAUUCCCCCAGUAUUUUGGUUACAGUUUGGAAGAGAGGAUUAAACCGAGGUAUGCAACUGUAAGGGAGAGUGGAGUAAGGUUGCUGCUGAACCAGGUGUUAUCUCUUUCAGAAAGUGAGUUUGACAAGGCUUUGAAAAGGAAAAUGAAGAAAAUGCAUGAUGGCAAGUCUUGAGCUCUAAAAAGGAUUAUCGAAACAUUUUUCCUCUGAACAUGGAACAAUGUGUAGGGGUUAGGAUACCCAAUUCCCAGGUACCUUGUAAUAUUACUCUUGCCGGGUAAAUACAAACAUUCUCGUAUUUAACACAGCUGUAUUUGAUGUAAUAUUUCUAAGAAUUAGAAGGUGUAUACAAAUUCUUCACCAGGCUAAUGUCUAUUUGAUGGAGCUAGACCUGAUGUAUGUAUGUUUCUAAGUAGGAAAUGUAUACAAAUUCUUCUGCAUUAGUAAUUUACAGG